ACGUCAUACAUGAGCAAUACUCGUACCCCCCCUAUAGGCCCCAAUUGCAAUCUGUACGAGGGAGUAGCAGCCAUAUUGAAAAGCGUUUCCGUUUGAUUCCUCUUUCUGUUAGCUGCGUACAGGUGGAUUUCUUCCUUCCAAGGACCCCAGACCAGAUAUUUUCUUCAUCGUAGGAUCCUCCUGGCAAUGUCAACCAUGAAUCCGGAAUAUGAUUACUUGUUCAAAUUGCUCCUGAUCGGCGACUCUGGUGUAGGAAAGUCCUGUCUGCUCCUGCGAUUUGCUGAUGACACGUACACAGAAAGCUACAUCAGCACAAUUGGUGUGGACUUCAAGAUCAGAACCAUAGAACUAGACGGCAAGACCAUCAAGCUUCAGAUAUGGGACACAGCAGGCCAGGAGCGGUUCCGCACCAUCACAUCUAGUUACUAUAGGGGAGCGCACGGAAUUAUCAUUGUGUACGAUGUCACAGACCAGGAAUCUUUCAACAAUGUAAAACAGUGGCUUCAGGAGAUAGAUCGCUACGCGUGUGAAAAUGUCAACAAAUUACUCGUUGGCAACAAGAGCGACCUCACCACAAAGAAGGUGGUUGACUACACGACGGCCAAGGAAUUUGCAGACCAGCUCCAUAUCCCUUUCCUCGAAACUAGCGCCAAGAACGCCACGAACGUGGAACAGGCUUUCAUGACGAUGGCAGCAGAGAUUAAGAACCGCAUGGGGCCGGGGGCCGUAACCAACGAGACAAAACAGAACGUGAAAAUCCAGAGCACCCCAGUCAAGCAGAGCGGAGGCGGUUGCUGCUAAAGAUCCGACAGGUCUCACCCUUCUCUGUACCCCAGGUGGGGUAACGUUCGAUUCUUGACUUGGACUUGCAAUCACCAAGACUGAAAUGAAAAAAACCAAGCUACCCUACAGUGGAAUGACUGGCCAUUCCAGUUUCCAUACAAAAAUUAUACCAGUUAUAUGACAAGAAAUAAUUAGUCAUUAUUCACCAAAGUGAUGAGUUUUUGAUUCUGUAUUUCUUUUUUCCUUUUACUUUUUUGCCAUGCAUUUUUUGGGUGGGUGGGGGUUUGUGGUUUUUGGAAGAAAUGAUCAUGUACAUUGCAAAAACCACGUAUGUACAGUCAACAUCAGAUGUGUAGAAAUUUUGCAGUGGAGAGGAUUUUUUUCCCAGGAAAAAAGAUACAUAGUAGCAGAGAAUGUUGGGCAUGCAGCAUAAAUUAUAUGGAUACAUGAGGAAAGAUAUUAGCGAUAUCGAUGUGUAACGUUAAGCAGUUCAUUGUACCAAUCAUCAGUAGUACAGUAAUGAGACCAUGUUACGUUCUUUUUACUAAUGUGUAGAUUGCAAUGAGACAAUAGUAGUUGGUGUAGAACAUUGCCAGACACUGUCACGAUCACGUCUCUCAAUGGGAGGGGGUGCAGAGUUUUCGCGAUGUCAGAAAAAAUGAAGUUCUACAGAAUAGUACAAAGAAAAUUGCUAUGUUUGACUUGCUUGAUUUUACUAUACACAUGCCCAGAUGUUGUAAGAGUGCUGUCGGUCAAACAUGCCGACAGACAGAUUGACCAUAGUCUGUUUACGAGUCUAAACAAAUACAAAUUUUACCACUUUUCCUCUGCACCUCUUCCCAUUGAGAGAUUGCCCAUACAAUAGGUGUUCCCAAUUGUGACGUAGCGCACUUGUUACCUUCAAUCCUAGUUAAAUCACACACACACACACUGUUGUUCCAGCCUCCUUUGUGAUAUGAUUUUCAUUUUUGUCCAGAUCCGUUCAGUCAUUGCUUGCUAGACAGUACUACACCAGUCCUCCUUUAUUUCCCGUCGAUGGUUUGUGCCUUAGGUAUGUAUGUGUAGUGUGCUGGUCUCUUAUCAAUGUGUGUGACUUCUGCCAGGUCAGGGUCUGCACCAAGCUCUGCUAUGUUGUCCUGUACAGUAGAGAGUCUAUGUAAGGAAGAAGAAAGAGCAUGUGCUAUGUUCUGGUUCCAGUUCUAAGUAGUAAGAUACCCCUUUUGUCACAGUUCAGGUAUUUGAUUGCACAAAUAAAAGAUGCGUUGUUACAUGCACAAAGAGAAGUAGUGUAGAAGAGGCCAGCAAGAUCGCAGCGUAGAUACCUUGCCAGGACGUCUUCAUAUCUUGCUGUAUACUUGGAAUGUCCGGAAUACCCCAACACACGAACUUAAACCAGUGUUGAGAUAUAAACUCAACACUUUUACUGUUUUACUUUUGUUUUCAUAAGCCUGCCAUGUUAGCAUGUCCAGUUGUAGCUGAUAUAUAUCUGAUUCUAUUAUGUUUGUAAGUGGAAAAUUUACAUGUUUCAGUCAUGUGUAUAGCAAUGAGAAUGUACUUGUAGGGAACUGUAAGCAUUUAUUAAUACAUAGUUGACCUUAUAGAAGAUCUUAUGAUAUCUACCUUUUCCUCAUCACAUGAUGUUUUUUGUACUGUACAAAAUGGCUACCAGAUUUUUCUUCCACGCCAAGGUAAAAAAAAAUGAUAGCUCGUCUGGUAACACAUCACUACGCUUUGCUACACUUUGUGUCGUCUUGAAUAAGCCGAUCACACUAUAUAAAGUUAUGGACCAUACCCUAUGUAGAAUUUUGGUCAGGAAUAUCUCCUGAUUGGGGGUAUGCAGGGGAAAGAGGCUGCUGUGUUACAACUCUAUCACAACACAUGUUGACAGAUUUUGGAGACGUUUAUAAAUAUUUGGUUCUGUUUAGAAGACUCUGACAAGCAAUGACUGAAACCCUAGUGAGUGUAAAUCAAUGUAAUUACUAUAUAAUAUGUGAGGACCAUUUUUUGCUUGUAUUUGCUUUACUACUACUCUAUUAACUGGUAGAUUUUGCUGUAUCUGUUUAUUAUGACAAUAAAGAUUAUGCUUAAAUACCUGA